CCCACUCACCAGCUGCACUUCUCUGCACGUCCCCAGCCUCACCCGCUCGGAGGCUGCCCCUGCUUGUCUAGCUCCCGAGCCCGGAAGUGGAUGCGGCCGCUUGGCGGAGAGGACGAGGGGGAGAGGGAAGUGCUUCCGGGGAAACCGGCCGGGGUUGGUGUUUGUAAACUUGCCUCGGUCCCGGUGGGGGCAGCGGCGGCCGCGGGGUUGGCAGGGUGUGCUGGGGCCUGGAGGAGGCGCCGCGCGGCCGAAGAGCCAGCGGGAAGCCGCGCCUGGCAGGUUUCUGAAACAUCGUGAGUUUCAUCAAGAGAAUUCAACUGGAAAACCAAGACUGGUAGACUUUUUCUUCAGACAAUAGGCAGGACACAGGCAGAGUCCAGGGAUUCUUGGAACACCCAUCUUUUCUUUGGAGGACGCUAACUUCUAUUUGAAGACAAAGUUCCAACAUGGCAACAGGACUCAUGGGACACAAAGGAGUCGUUACCGUGAUUUGGUGACAGUUCUUCAAAACGGCAGUGUCUUAAGGAAAGGUGGACCAAGGAACUCCUGAACUUUUGGGUUGCAUUAAGUGAGAAAUCAGCAUGGCUCAGGCAAGUCUCCUGGCUUGUGAAGGCCUAGCAGGUGUGAGUUUGGUUCCCACUGCAGCCAGCAAGAAGAUGAUGCUGAGCCAGAUUGCCAGCAAGCAGGCCGAGAAUGGCGAGCGGGCAGGUAGCCCUGAUGUGCUGAGGUGCUCGAGUCAGGGUCACCGAAAAGAGAGUGAUAAGUCGCGGAGCCGCAAAGAUGAUGACAGCUUGUCUGAGGCCUCUCAUUCAAAAAAGACUGUUAAAAAGGUGGUGGUAGUGGAACAAAAUGGUUCUUUUCAAGUAAAGAUUCCCAAAAAUUUUGUUUGUGAACACUGCUUUGGAGCCUUUCGGAGCAGUUACCACCUAAAGAGGCACAUCCUUAUUCAUACUGGUGAGAAGCCAUUUGAGUGUGAUAUAUGUGAUAUGCGUUUCAUCCAGAAGUACCACCUGGAACGCCACAAGCGUGUGCACAGUGGUGAAAAGCCUUACCAGUGUGAACGGUGUCAUCAGUGUUUCUCUCGGACAGAUCGAUUACUCAGACACAAACGGAUGUGCCAAGGGUGCCAGUCCAAGACUUCCGACGGGCAGUUUUCUCUAUAGGCGCAAGGGGCCCCGGGUGGUGGGAGUGAUCAGAAGAACCUACCGAAGAGCGCACCCCCUCUGGUCUGAUGGUCCCACCACCACCCCGUGUGAACCUGUCCCACUCCUGGAGGAGUGGACCCAGGAGACCAGAAGAGUGCAUCAGGGGACAGUGGCCCCAGAACCUCAGCUCUGUAAAUAAUCUGAGACUAUGAGUAUCUCGGGGAAGUUCUUAACAGCAUUCCUGGGUAGGAGAGCUAGUCCCUGGACCCUUGGCUGAGGUCAUAGGUGGGGACUCAAGGUACAGGACCAAGACUGAAGUGUGGCUCCCCACAACCUUGGACUCCAGCUGGCAGCUGAAAUGGAAAAGAUUGGGGAAGGAGAUUUGUUUGUUCUGUUCUUGUUUUUGUUUAUCCAAAAGCAACUUUAGCAGGUAAACUGUGGAUACAGGUAAUCCAGAGGCAUAGAGUCCUGGUCCAAAGUAGGGACUAUAGCUCAUCCAACUCUCCCCAAAAAUUGGGUUUUUAGUUGUAGUAGCUCCUCAGUGUUCCACAAUCCUGCACUUCAUCUUCUUCUGAGGGAGAAUAAGAUCAGGGAUGGCAGCUGAGCUUGCUUUGGCCUCGUUAUACACUGUAGGGACAAAAGGAAAAACGGGGUGGAGCAGACAGGGGCUGAAUCCAAGAAGAUUGGAUGGUGCCUCCUCCUUUCUCAAGGGAAAAGGAAGAGUUGUGCCUCUGGGUGUUGUCAUGGCCCAUGUCACAUUGGCACCUGAUGGCGUCAGCUCAAGUGCCUUUAGGAAGGAACUUGGGUGAGCGUGGCCCAUGAAGCCCUUUUCUUCUUUUUGGGAGCAGUCGAUCUUGGAGAUAGUUUGUGGUUACCUCGCCGCCAUUGACUCCUACAGUGAGACAGAUGUGUUGAACAAGGAGUCAUGGAUGUCACAGUGGGUUCUCUCUCCUUGUGCCCUCUUAGGAACAGCCCAAGACUGGUCCCGAGUUGACUAACAGCUGCUUAAGAAACAAAGGAAUCUGGGGCAUGUUGACCAGUAGGCACUGUUCUCCCUCCCCAAGUCCUAUCACUGUAUUCAGGUAGAGGAGGUAGGGAGGGGUCUAUCCUUUGGUCCCAAAAAACAAGAUCUCAGCUUCCCUCCUGGUGGCCAUCCCUACCCAAUAAAGUGUGGGGGAUGGAGGUGGGGGUGCUGCAGAGAAAAGACUAAAGAAACCUAAUGUAGGUUUCAUGCUUAACCAUACUCUUUGCUCCUCUCUGCUCCAAUACCACCACCUUGUCCACCCCCAAAAAAGUAAUCAGGGGUGUGUGUGUGUGGGUGUGUGUGUGUGUGUGUGUGUGUGUGAGAGAGAGAGAGAGAGAGAUGAGUGCUUGUAUUUUUAUGCUUGUAGGAGAUGGCAUAUUGAGCCAAACCCUUCUCUGGCCCUCACCUUUGGGGAGGAUGAGUGGAAAAUAGCCUCCUCUUUCCCAAACAUGAAGGGUGCUUGAGGUCUCAGCAGAAGCUGAAGAACACAACUUAGGGAACAGAAGGGCUUUUGUUUUGGAGGGUUUUUUAUUUUAUUUUAUUUUAUUUUUAGAUUAAUUCAACAGCCUGGUGGUUAUGGUGUUUCUAACCCAAGCCCAGGGCCUGUGAACAUGAAUUUUCUAAGAUGAAAUAAACCUUUUCUUUCUGCUAAAGAAAGAAUCCUUAUGGGAAGUUCUUGGGUUUGGUUGACCCCCACUGUGGCCUGACCUGACCUGUGGCGGGUAAGGGAACUAACUGUCUUAGUAAUCAUGGAGACAGUAAACCUGAGUGCCAAGCUGUCAGUGAGGUCUGAGAUGGGAACCUCCUGGAAGUGUGAUUUCAUUUCCCAGAAAAAUGCAAAGAAUGGGUAGCAGCAGUGAUUCCUGGCUGUCACCUGUUCUGGAGGAGUGGGGUUGGGGAGGGAGUUGUCCAUACCUCGAUGGCAUGAGUGUUUCAGGGAAAAAGAAAGCAGGCGUGGCACCCAUUCGAUUUUCCCUAACAGCAUCUGAGAUCCUUUUGAGGAGACGCUGAGGAGUGUUUGCUGCCAUGUGCUCUUCUAACUUUGUGCUGACACUCCCAUUUGAUGUGCUCCAGAACUUAGACCUCAGUCCUUGGAUCAGCCCUGUGGUCCCUGCAAGCAGGAGCAUCUUUCUGCAUGUGAGCCAGCCCCCUUCCUGUUUGAGGGUUCUGCUGGAGCUGGGGUUUUCCUGUCCUUCACUUCUGGGGUGAUUCACCCAUCUUCCAGCACCCUGUAACCCAUUUAAAAAUGUUUAGAAAACUAUCCUCCCAAAAAAUGCUUUUGAAAAUGAGAGGCCUCCCUCCCUGCCACUUAGAGCUAAUCUAUUUGGGAUAGGGGUGUAUGUGGAGAGACUCACAUGAGUCUCGCAUUAAGUGAUCUAUGCCCUUGUGUGUACUAAUGUGUGUACUGGGUCAGAAGGCGCCCUGGGCUCCCACAGACGUUGGUUUCCUGUCUGGGUAGGUGGGAGGGAGGGAACUUGAGAGGGUAUGUGCGAACAGCCAUAGCAGCUGCCGAAGACCCAGUGAGGGAGACUCAGGAGCAGGUGGUUGGUUCAGUUUCCGUGCUGAUGGGGCAAUGGGUGUGUGAGAAGAGAGGAGCAAAGCAGUGAACGGAGUGAUUCGGCAUCCAGAGGGCCCGGGAGCCCCACAGAUACCCCAGGGCACUGACUCAAGACCUCUGCAGAGGCUUCUGGGCCCAAUGCCUCACCCCUGCUGGCCAGCAUGGUGCCUAGCACUGGAAGAUGCCUCAGGUGUGUCUGGAAUGGGGGAGAGGGAAAGAGGGCAGGCUCUCAGAGACAGGACGGGGAGUCAGGGAGCCUGGGAAAAAGCAGUGCCCGUUCUAGGUGGGCUGCUGCACCAGACCCUACGACCCUACCAGCCCUGCCCUCCCCAAUGCCCCGUGUCUUUUCCAACUACCCCAAACAGCCUCAUCAUCACUUAGCUACUGAUUGCGCCCAUGGCUUGACAUUGGAGGGUUACGAGUAGAGUCCCGCCACAGCUUCUGACCCUAUCCCCAGAUGCCCUUCACCUCUGCUGUGGCCCUGGGGUUUUAUCAACUGUCCCCUUCCUACCCUUCCUCUCCUCUUCACCCUUUUUUUUUUUUUUUAAUAUACUUAUUUUGCUAUGGGGGAAGGGAAUAUCAAAUGGACAAGAUCACUUUUAAAUGGUAGUUUUUAUAAGAUGUUAUAAACUUGUAUCUUUUUACCAUUAAAGUGCAGUGUAUGUUCCUUCGUGAUAUAUUUAGGAUAUUUAAAUAAAAGGAAAAUGGGGCUUUUCUACAUAC